GCUGCUUAUCGCUGGCCCCUGGGAAAGGUCGCGAUGCAAUUGCUUUAAAUUUGGCGCAUCUUCCGCCGAUUGCAGCACUCUCGCGAUGAACGGCUGCUAUAACACAAUAAAAUACACGGGCCUGCUCUCCAAUCUGCUCUAUAUGCUUUUGGGCAUAGGAGUGAUGUCUGGAGCAGGAUUGGGGCUGCAAGUGGCGGAGCCCAACACGCCGGAACACACGUACUUUGUUAAGAGUCUGGUGCUGGGCGGAACCAUCUGCAUGAUCGUGAUGUUCGGAUGCUAUGGCAUGGUCUGCAACUUGCUCUGCGUCAAUUUGAUUUUCACAAUGUUCAUACUGAUUGCCCUGGCAAUGGAAUACCUUCAGCUGCACCACUACCACACUCCGUCCCUCAAGAGCUCGGGUGGCGCCUGGCAGCAGCUGGAACUGGCAUGGCAUGGUCUGGACAGAGAUCCGGAGCUGAUGCACCAGUACGAGGCCUCGCGGCACUGCUGCGGCUACAACGGCGCCGACGAUUACAAGCGCCUGCAUCUGCUGGUGCCGGCGAGCUGUUAUCAGGCCAGUGCCAACGACACCGACCAGCAGAUCUACCCAAGCGGCUGCUUGGAGACGCUCAACCAUAGCCAGCGGUACAUACAGCAGCGCGAUAAGCUGUACAUGUGGGCCAUCGUUGGCCUUGAGAUCUUCAUACUGCUGCAAACGGUGGCACUCAGUGUGCUGCUCUUCAAGCUGCGGCAGCGGCAGCGAAUCGCUCGCAGACAGGUGCCACCAGGUGUGCGGCGGGAACCGCGUUCCAACCAUGUGUCCGCAUCACGAGCCCAGCUACUCCACGACGCCUGAUCUAAGAUCUUAUCAAAUGUGCUUGUUUAUUGUACAGCCAAGUGGCAAAUGCUUAUGUAUAAAUGUCAUGUGUGAUCAGUAGGUGUAAAGACGGGUCUUGCUGGUCAACUGGCAGCAUAAGGUGAUGCCCAAGAUGAUGCCCACGACCUGUAAUGGAGGAAGGAAUGUAUUAAGAUUCAUUCUAGAUCUAUCAGCAAUACAAUUAUUUUUUACUACAAAAAUUUCUUUAAAUGUUGACAGCUUAACAGAUUUGGUUACCUAUUCUCGGAUAUUAGUAGACGUCGGAAUUGUGCAUUUUUUUUAACGGUUUUAAUAGAUUUGCUUAUAAAAUCAUUAUUAAUAUAAAGCAUAAUCUAAAUUUGGUUUUGUAAAAUUUAUAUUCAUAUAAAAGCAGUCUAGAUAUUAGUAUCAAAAGUGAGUUGAAAAUGUAGGCAAAUUAUAUAAACCUACUAUCUUAGGCAAAUCUUCUAAUAGUCGAAAUAUGAUAAUGAUACAGUUAAGUUAAAAAACUGG